UUGCGCCUACACCGACAUGAACUCUCCUGAAGUAGGAUACUAUUAACACCUCUGUUACUGGAGCAGUGUUAGUGCAUCUCCUUUAAAACAGUUGUUUAGUUUCAGCUGUUUAAAAAUGGCGUCCAAGACAACAGCAGCAGUGGGCUGUUUAACACGGAGGAUGUUCUGUCCUUUUACCCUCCACGCUCCACGCAGUUCACUAGCACUGAAUAUGCGGAAGUGCAGCUCCAAACUGGCAACCGAGCAGGACAAAAAAACAAAGAGAUCUCCCUUCAGACCAGCGGCCAGCGCCACGCACGACUGGAUCGGUCCACCGAACCCACUCUCCAACCUUCGGCCAAUCGUCUACCACGUCCCCGAGAACGAGUCUGAGCUGCAGAGACGUCUGAGACACCUGAGACAGGAGACCGAGGACUGGAACCACGACUUCUGGACCAAACAGAACAUCAGCUUCAGCAAGGAAAAAGAUGCGUUCAUCUUCUCACAGCUGAACUCAAAAGGCCUGAGUGUGCGUGACGAGCAAGGACGCCGGCGUUCCCUGAACAGUGAAGAAAUGGCCGUGUUUUACAAAUGCUUCCUGGACACAAAUGUAACACGACAUGCAGAUUAUAACAAGGAAUGGUACCGACGUAACUUCACCAUCACCUUGCUCAUGGCCCGAGUGGCCAUGAAGAACAUGUGGAGGACUGUUACUGAAAGAUACAACAGCAAGAAAGACAGCUGAUAAUAAAUACAAUAUUAACCCACCGUCCUGUCUCUGUGUUCACUGCUUAUUUAUCAUAUUAUUCACUUAAUUAGAAACCCACCUGAAGAUUUAAAUCUCUUUUCUAUCCUUCUCUAUUUCUGAUGUGUGGUUGAUUCAAUCAAUCAGGUACUGAUAUAUCUAUCUAUCUAUCUAUCUUCACUGCUCACUUGGAAACAGAAGAUCUGCUCGUUUGAUCUAUUUAGUUUCCAUCUUUCUUAUAACCACAUUUUAAAACGGGCGUAAAUCUUGAGAAGCUUUACUAUAAAACACACCAGGGCUCAGACACUUUUACUACAUUGUCUUUGUUAUUGGACACCUUUGUCUGCAUUUAUGUCAUGUUUUGGGUCCAGAGUGUUGGUGAUUCCCUGUUAAGGUAAUGCAGUUUGGGAUUGCAACAUUCACUACAGCUAAAACAACCACA